AUGGCGGACUUCAAUGCCAGUAUUGCCCUAUCUACCACCUUCUACCUCACUGGAAUUCCUGGCUAUGAGGCAAUACACCACUGGAUCUCCAUCCCUUUCUGCAUCCUUUACCUGAUUGGGAUAGUGGGAAACUGUACCAUCCUUUAUAUAGUCUGGACUGACCCAAGUCUCCACGAACCCAUGUACUAUUUCUUAGCCAUGUUGUCUCUCACUGAUAUGGGCAUGUCCCUUCCCACUGUUGUAUCUUUGUUUCGACUGUUGUGGUCCAUCUCCAGGGAGAUUGAAUUUAACACCUGUGUGAUACAGAUGUUCUUCAUCCAUACUUUCUCCUUCACAGAAUCAGCAGUGCUUCUAGCAAUGGCCUUUGACCGCUAUGUGGCAAUCUGUUAUCCCUUGAGGUAUUCCACCAUCCUCACCCCACAGCGCAUUGCCAAGAUUGGAGUAGCAGCUAUUCUCAGGAGCUCCCUCUGUAUCACUCCAUUAAUGAUCCGCCUUGCAUACUUCCCCUUCUGCCGUUCCCAUGUCCUGUCUCAUUCCUACUGCCUACAUCAGGACAUGAUUCGCUUGGCUUGUGCUGACAUUAAGUUUAAUGUAAUUUAUGGAUUAGUUUUGAUCACUAUUCUAUGGGGAUUGGACUCCCUAGGUAUUCUAGUUUCUUAUAUCUUCAUUCUCCGUUCUGUGCUAAGUAUUGCAUCCCGGAAGGAAAGGCUCAAGGCUCUCAACACAUGUGCCUCCCACAUCUGUGCUGUCCUCAUCCUCUAUGUGCCCAUGAUUGGUCUAUCUCUUGUCCACCGUUUUGCAAAGCAUGCCUCUCCCCUCAUCCACAUCUUCAUGGCUCACAUCUACUUGCUGGUGCCUCCUGUGCUCAACCCCAUAAUCUAUAGUGUGAAGACCAAGCAGAUUCGCACAGGGAUCAUUCGUCUAUUUGUCCCUAAGAAAAUUCACUCCAUGAGGGGGUAA